AUGGAACAUACGUUAACGAGCAGUGAUCAUCGUUUUCCCCAUCAUGUUCAUCAUAUUCACAGCCACCAACAUCAAUGCCAUAAAACAACUAGAAUUCGAUAUCGAAAAAUUGAAGAACUUCGUCUACGUCGAAAACGCGAAAAAAUUCUCGCAAGAAGGAAAAAUCUACCUAAGUUAACAGAUAUUCCACUACAAAAAAGGAAAUUAUUAUGUAAAUUUAGAAAAUCCUGCUACCAAACAGGAAAUAUUCCAUUACUACCAUCAUUAAAAUUGAAAGGAAAUGAAAAUAAUAAAGAAAUGAUAAUGAAAUCUUCAUUAGAAGUUGAAGAAGAAGAAGAAAAAGAAGCGUUAUGGAAUGGGCCGAUUAAUAUGAAUGAAAUUAAGCUUUUGUGCAAAUAUCGCAAGACUUGCUACGAUGAAAUUGGUAAUUUACGAGAGAAUAAAACGAAUGAAAGGCUACAUUUACUUUCAAAACGACAACAAACAGCAAUAAGUUCUAGAAAAAAGACAUUAAAAGAAGUCGCUAAAAAUACGAUACGAGAAUUAAAAAUGAAAGAAGAAAAGGCUGCUCGAAAACCAAAAGCGAUAAAAAUUAUCGUUGAUAAGAAACUCGAUGACAAGGAAGAAGAAAUGAAGGAACGCCUUGUUUGUAAAUAUAGAAAAUCCUGUUAUAAAACUGGACAACUUAUUCUUAAUUUUCCUAGUCAUUCAUUUCUACCAAAAUUUUUAACGAAACACAUUCACCUAGGUGAUCCAAUAUCCAAUAUAUCAUUCGAUGAAUUAAAUCUCGAACAAAAAAAACUCUUUUGCAAAUAUCGCAAAUCGUGUUACGAAAAUGGCCAACAAAUAAUAAUACCUCAGGAACGAAUAUUUAAAUAUGAGCAUUUUAUUCAAAAAAAUGAAAAGGAAAUACCUAUACAAAUUAAGUGUAAAUAUAGAAAAUCAUGCUAUAAUACUGGUGUUUUUAAUUUAACAGAAAAUAUUUACGACAUUCAAUUAGAAAACAAAGAGGAAACCAAAGAGAUCCCCUUGACAGCAGAACACUUGAAACUCUUUUGUAAAUACCGAAAAAGUUGUUAUAACCAAAAAGCUCUUGAAGAUAUAGAAAGGAACGACAAAUGCGAAUCGAAAUGCGACAAAGAAAUUCCAUUAAAUCAAGAAUUAUUACGAAAUGACGAAAAAUUAGUGGCCACUGAUCAAAAAAUCGAAAAAGAUCAAACCGAAUCACAAAAACAGAAUAUUAACGACACCAAAGAGAUAAAAAAGAAAGCUAAAAUACAAAAUACUAAAAUACAAAAAGCAACAAAAGAACACAAGACAACUAACACUAGAGAGAGCGAAAUAAUAAAAUCGACGAAGCAAAAGAAACUCGAUAUUCUGCGGGAGAAAAAAUUUGGUGAUAUAUUACAGCAAAAUAAAAAAAAAGAAAAAAUAAGAAAGAAGAUUAAAGGUAAAGAUAACAUAUCAGCGAAAUCUUCGCAAGAAAUGGCUUACGAAAAUGAAAGUAUAAAGGUAAAUCAAAAGUAUCUGAAGAAAAAAGAACUAAAAACCAAAGAAAAUUCAAGCGAAAUUCGGGAAUCUGAAAACAAAAACAAUUUAAAUAAAAAAGAAGAAACCGCAAAAAUAAAUAUGACUGAUGAAGAAUUAUCCGAUAAAUUCAAUUUAAUCGAAAAGUUAAGAUGUAAAUACCGCAAAUCAUGCUAUCAAUCAGGCGUGCCGCCAGAACCAAAAGACUUAACAAUAUAUCAUUUCAGUAAAAAAGAAGAAGAACAUUUACCGAUCGAAUUAAAGUGUAAAUAUAGGAAAUCAUGCUAUGAGAACGGAAUUCUUCCAAAAAUUAUACCCUUUCACAAAGUCGAACCUCAGACAAUAAAAAAUGAAUCAAAAAAAAAGCGUUGCAAAUAUCGAAAAUCAUGUUAUGAAACUGGCGAAAUGCCGAAAAUUGAACAAAAAUUCUUCCUGGAAUCAAUUGUCCGAAAAAUCUUCGACGAAAUUGCUAAGGAAGAAGAAGAAAUUGAACAAGAAAUGGAUGAAGAACAAAGAAAACUAAAAUGUAAAUAUAGAAAAUCCUGUUACCAGACAGGAAUUUUACCACAAAUAACAAAAGAAACAAUGAAAACAAUAGCUGAAACAAUGAAAGAACCAAUAUCAACAAAGGAACAAAUAUGCAAAUACCGGAAAUCUUGCUAUGCAAUAUAUGAUAUUCGAGGUGGCAAAAAAAGACUUGAAAUUAAUACUCGUGAAUCGAAAAAAAUUGCGAAUAAAUUUGGCAAAACCAGCCUUCAAAGACGAACGACUGAGAAAAAAAAAACAAGCGACAAAAAUAAUAAAAUAAAAAGCGAAGUCGAAAAAAAGAAGAAAACCAAAAAGCCUUUCGAUGUUGACAAGGAACUUGAAUAUAUGCAAAUCCAACAACAAAUUAACAUUACUGAUGAAGACAAAAAGCAUAUAACAAUUGCAGAAAAACUGAAAUGCAAAUAUAGGCAUCAAUGUUACAAUGACGUUUCAGUACAACUGGAAAUGAAGAAGGAAGAAAUAAUGAUAAAGAAUCUACGAAGACCUAAUGGAGCACCAUGCAAUAUUUAUUAUAUAUCUUGUCGCCUUAAGGUAGGAUUACCGAUCAAAGAAAAAGCACCCAUUGGACCUAAUGGCCGAAAACUUUGUAGAAAAAAACCUAAAGAUGAUGAAGAAAAUAAAAAUGAAAAAAACGUUAGUUCAUCUAUUUCAACUUAUUGA